CCGCCCGCCUCGGUGGCAGGCGAGCGCACAGGCGGCUGGCGCGCAGCUCCGGGCGCCCUCUCUUCAGUCCUCUGGCCGCCCGGCUCCACAGAGUGGCCGGGACCGGAGCGGCGGCCAGGACUCCCUUCCCGCUCCCUCCCCCUCUCCGCCCCCUCCUCCCGGCCCGACUCCCGGAUCUUGCCGGAGACAAUUGCAGUAAAUGAGGACAUCUGAGGAGCACGGAGCCGGGUGGCUGUGGCUGGCUCCGCCGCGCCGCGAUCGGGCGAGCGCGCGGGCGUCCCCGGAGCCGGCCGAGCCACUGCCUCCCCGCGCGCGUCGCUGAGCAGGAGCCUGAGGGACUCGAGCUGCGGAGCGGGGGCUGGCCGGGCCGGGCCCGUGGCAGUGGAGGGGGCGGGCGGCGGGCACGCAGCUGGCCAAGUCCCCGGAGCCGAGCCUCCUACGGCGCGAGCCCGACGAUCCUUGCCGUGGAUGCUCUGCCCCGAGUGCUCCGUGCCGCGCCAGGCUUGCCAGGGUCCGCGGCAAGACAUGCCAGAGCCAGGCGCUGCACCGACCUCCACUUAUCAGUAAGCAGCCAAAGGCACCAUGGUCAGCAAGGACUCCGGCAGAUGCAUACUCACGACACCGGAGCGGGAAGUGGAGCCAGCCGCCUGCCUGGCCCUGGAGAUGAGAUACGCCCUGGACCCCAACCGGCAGAUCAAAAAGAGGAACAAAGCCCUGCAGGUGCGCUUCAAGGAUAUCUGUGAGGCCCAGAAUGAGCAGAGGGACACACAGCUGUCUUCAGGACCUCUGGGGGAGAAGCGAGAAGCCAAGGCGGUGUCCUGUAGGGCGGCAUACCGUAAGUAUAUGACAGUGCCUGCGCGACGAUCCAUUCCCAAUGUCACCAAGAGCACUGGUGUGCAGACCUCACCAGACCUUCGCAAGUGUUACCAGACAUUCCCAAUGGACCGCAAGAAAGGCAGUCUCAAAGGCCUGCCGACUGCAGAUGCCUUCAAAAGCCAGAACAAUGGGAUUCUAGCAGAUUCAAAAGAGAAGAGUGAGGCAGGACCCAUGGAGGACUCCCGGCCUUGCAGUGCAGGAAGGAUUCACAAGACCACAGCACUGGUUUUCCAUUCCAACGAGCACGUGAAUGCACUGGACCAGCCUUCUGGGGUCAACUGUGCAGAGCUCUGCAAGACUCCAGAAAUGCUUGGCUACCCUGAGGCUCUAUUGCAGAACUCUCGGCCUCCCUCUGAGGAGCCCACCCACCAGCUGCAGGGGAGAGCUAAGACAGACAGGAGCAGGCUGGACUCAGAGGAGCCCACUCCCCUUGCCCAUGGAAGGGUGUUUAAAACAGAGGUUGCCACUGUGUACCCUCCUGCCACCAGUGCCAGGGCCCCUGAGCCUGGCUUGUCAAACUCUGCUGCUGCCAGCCAGUGGUCUCUCUGCCCUGCAGAUGAGGAGCAGAGGAGGGCUGCCCACCUCAAUGGGCUACAGGCAUCCACGGGCUCUGCUCUGGCCUGCUCACCCCCAGUGCAAUGCCUGUCCCCAGAAUGUAGCGAACAGCCCCUGCAGAACCAGCCUAGCCCCACAGCUGGGGAGGGGGAUGAAGAACGCCAACAAAUUGUGCCUCACACAGAAGUGGUAGACCUCAAGGCCCAGCUGCAGGUGAUGGAGAACUUAAUCAGCUCAAGCCAGGAGACCAUCAAAGUGCUGCUGGGAGUCAUCCAGGAGCUGGAGAAAGGAGAGGCCCACCGGGAAGGGCUUUCAUAUCGGACGGGGCAAGACACAGCUAAUUGUGACACGUGCAGGAACAGUGCAUGUAUUAUCUAUAGUGUGGAGCUGGAUUUUAAGCAACAGGAAGACAAACUCCAGCCUGUGCUGAGGAAACUGCACCCUGUCGAGGAAACUCAGGUCAUCCCUUCGCCUUACACUCAGGAGACUUACUCCUCCACGCCCAAGCAAAAAUCCAAAACUGAGUCCAAAAAGCACGGAAGGUGGAAACUCUGGUUUCUUUAAGACUUGUGGGCUUGGGAGUACCCAGGCCGUCUUUCAAACCCACUGGAAUUUAAGUCAGUCCUUUUCCAAAAUGGAUAGGAUCAAGGGAACUGCGGUGCCAAUGUGUGCUCCCUGCUUCUCGCCCUGCGUACCAAAAAGGCCUUCACACCAACAGAUAAUUAGCGGCAAGGGGGUGACUGUCACCCCUUGCCAGCUGUCCUUUACAGUUCACUGGUGUGGGGUGUAAUGUCUGAAAUAAAACUUACUUAAUCAAAGAUAAGGAAAAACUCUAAGCUCCGACAGUUCU